AGAAAUUUGAUCGAAGUGCAAACUUCGGAAUGUGGCAAUUAAAGAUGGAAGCUAUCCUAAUUCAGGAUGACUUAGACUUGGCGUUACAAGGAAAGGAGAAGUCGGAUAAAAUGACGGAUGAGAAGUUUGCAAUCAUAGACAAAAGGGCAAAAGCAGUUGCAGGUGGAGUUGUCCAACUGGGUAACAAUGUUACUUGUAACGUUAUUGGCAAAGAUACAAUUCGGUUCAGAAUGCACGAUGAUUUGGUGAGAACUCUCGCUGAUGUUAGAUAUAUUCCUGAGUUGAAGAAAAAUCUCAUAUCUUUGGGCACUUUAGAAUCCCUUGGGUGCAAAUUCACUAGUGAAGGCCUUACUGCAGUUUUGGGUCCCGAGGGGCUCGAACAUGUUUCGGAUUGUGUUCGGACUAUUUUCCUCCAUUUUGGCCUUGUUGGUGUGUUCUGGUUUUCUGGUGCGUGGAUUGUUCUUCGCGAUCGCGGAUCAGUUGAUGUGAUCGCGUGUGCACGCGUUCGCAUUGUAGAGCUGAGCUGGGCAGGGCUUCUUCAUCGCGUUCGUGAGCUUGGGGCUGCGUUCGCCUUAUUCCGCGAUCGCGUAGUGUAUUUUCAGGGGCAGUGCAUUUUCUUCUUCGCGAUCGCGAAG